GUUCUCCGAACAAAACGAACAACCAGCCAACCACUGCUCACCUGACGGAGACAAUUUUAUUCCCCUUCGUCUCCUCUCCUCUCCUCUCACUCUCCUCUCCACGCCACGCAAGAGAUACUCCUCCUUCGCAAGGAACAGAGGUUGAGCUGCUUCCGAAGCCAAAGUCGGGCCAAGAUGGCAGAUGAUGACUAUCCGGUCAAGCUGCAUAUAUACGAUCUUAGCCAGGGGAUGGCGCGGCAAUUGUCAACAACAAUCCUUGGCAAGGCUAUUGAGGCAAUUUGAGAUGGCCUCCGAUCAUCGCAGGCAUACAGGGGUGGUAGUCUACGGGAAGGAGUACUUCUUUGGCGGCGGCAUUCAGAAGGAUCAUCCCGGAAGAACACCGUACGGGACCCCGGUCAGGGUGGAAGAUCUUGGGGUCACCCAUGUCCCCAGGGAGAUCUUUGAGGACUUCCUUCAGGAUAUCAACCCAAGGUACACUCCUGCAAACUACAACCUCCUCAGCAACAACUGCAACAACUUCACCAAUGAAGCCGCGCAAUUCCUCGUCGGUUCCGCCAUCCCGAGCUACAUCCUGGAGCUGCCCAAUGAGGUGAUGAACAGCCCGAUCGGCGCGCUCAUAUUGCCGAUGAUUCAGGGGUUGGAGACAAGCUUGCGAGCUGGAGUUGCUCCUCAGCCGCCGCAAUUCAAGCCUUCUCCGGUGGCGGCAGUGACGGCGACGCAGUCACCACCAUCGGGUAGCAUCCAUGUCGAGCCGAAAUCGACCGCCUCCGACAAGACGGAGGUUGACAACAACGGCGGCGGGAUUCCGCCGGCGGUACAACCUGCUCCGGUGGCGGCGGCGACGUCACCAGCAGCAGUAGCCGAGGCGAGCAUGGCGCCGCCGCCUCCGGUGGAUCCGCUCCGGGAGGCGAAGAGCCGGGUGCAGGAGGAGAUAAAGAGGGAGUUCGCGGCGAUCAUGGCGACGGGCGCCGUACAGGCCGGCGAGGCGGCGGCGCUCGCGACGAGGAGGGUCAUGGAGCGGCACGGGCUGCGUCGCGCCGCCGUCGCCGGCGGCGGCAUGCAGCGAGGGUAGAACGGUCACAUUUGCACCCACACGAGCAUGUUCAAUUGUAUAUAUAUACGUGCAAGAACAGGGAAGCUCAUUGCGUAAAUCCAUUUAUAUUUACACUCUUAUCCGAGAUCUUUAGUGUU